GUCAAAAAAGAGUAGCAAAAACAUAAUGGUAUAAUAUAUAAUAUCUCAAAUUAUAUUUUCUUAAAUUUAAAGUGCCUGAGAACUAUAACAAUGGGUAAAGUCAUGUCGAUUAUAUACCGAAAAGCUAAUCGCUUUAAUGUCGAGAAUAGAGCUCAUCGUUUUCUCGAUAAAGAGAAGUUACCCCCGGCACCAAAGUUUGAAUCUAGUUAUGAGGAUAUGAAAAGAACUUUAACUGAUGAUCCAGAAUUUGUAGAACGAGCUAGCAAAAGGGAUGUCUUAUUAGAUAAUCGACUAAAACAAGUUUUUGUUACAUCUGAAAUUCACAAACUUACACAAAUAGAAGAAGAUGAGAAAAAACCUUUGCCCCUUAAUCGAUCCGCUGUAGAAGAUUUUGAGUUUGGGUUCAAAGAACCAGUAAAAGUAACUAUUGGACGUUGUACACUUAGGCAAGCUAUGAAAUUUUUAGUGGAUCAUGAAUCUGAUCCAACAGUUUUUACAGCAGCAAAAAUUGCUGAAGAUUACAAAAUAAAACAUGAUACAGUAGAAAAAAUAUUAAAACAUUUCAGAAUUUUCCAAAUUCAUAUACCCGAUAAAAAGCUACAAGAAAAAAUUUUAGAACAAAAAAGUUAUAAAGCAAUUGAGAGUAAAAAAGAUGAAUAAUUUAUCUAAAAAAUUUGUUUCUAAUUUAGAAUAAAAAUAUUGUUAAUAGAAACCACAUAUUUC